AUGACCACCGCCAUCCCACAGCGUCCGCCGCAGCGGAACCCACCGCCUUCCGCUCCUCCUUCUGGUCCUCUCCCUGCUCUGCCGAUGACGAAGACGAGGAAGCCACUUCCUGAUAUACCGGAUGAUCCCGAAUCACGGCCCGCCUCGUCUGCCUCGUCGAUAGCGACACCUGCGAGCAGACCUCCCAUACGAGCUGUCACAAGCUCGGGCUUGCCCACUCCGCGACCUACGAAGAUACAAUCGACUCCGGCCGUGCCUACCCUCAAUACAUCGACCUCAACCUCAACACCCGGCUCAGGUGUGACAUCACCUGGCUCAUCCGCCCUACCAACGCCUGGGAAGAGUCUGCGAAAGACAACGAGCAUCGGCGCAUUUCCAGCCCCUCCCAACAUAGCACGAGUCAACAGCCUACCACCCAGUCCGCUCUCCACAUCCACCUCGACAUCCGAUAUCAAUGGCAUACAGCAAAAUAAGAGCAAGCGCGAGUCGACAAAGCACAGAAGUUCGGAUGUUGGAGUGAAGAAGCUCAAGACGAGGAGUUCUGGCUAUGGUCUGCGAUCGCGAGCAUCGGCAGGCUCGACCUUGAAUUUUGGUGCAUCACCCAGCCUUCUCAAUGGCACGGGCGACAGUAAUCUGAUCUCAAGCGCGAGAGGCGCAAGAGGGUCGGAUAGCUUGCUGAGCUUGCCUUCACCGCCUCAAAGUAGGAGCUCGUCUGCGAAUGGCUCGUAUCAUACGGACGGCACACAGUUCGAAGAGUUCGACGAGCCUGUAGAGCGCGGUCGGCCGAAGAGCCAGGAUACUCUGACGGAUAAGCGCAAUCCGGAUGGCAAGGACAGCAAAGGCAAUGUCCUGGUCAGCGUGCGCGUAAGACCAGACGCGGCCAACGAUAAUGCGAAGCCGGAUGGAGAAUGGAUGGUGGACGGGCGGCGGUCGCUAAUAGCAUACAACGGACGAGAAGGCGGCGAUUACCGAUACGAUAAUGUGUUCUCGCCUCACGACGAUAAUGCGCGGGUGUACGACAGUGCAGCGAAACGGCUGGUUCGAAGGGUAAUGGAAGGCUACCACGGGACAGUGUUCGCAUACGGCAUGACUGGUACUGGAAAGACAUUUUCGAUGCAAGGAACGGCCGGCUCACCGGGUGUGAUACCGCUCGCGAUAUCCGACAUCUUCUCGUACAUCCGCGAGAAUCCAGCCCGAGAGUUCCUGCUGCGAGUCAGCUAUUUGGAGAUCUACAACGAGAAGAUCCACGAUCUGCUCAGCCAGAGCACGCCGGGGGUGGUGCAAGAGCAGGAGAUCAAGUUGCGGGAAGACGCCAAGAGGGGUGUAUAUGCCACACCUUUGAAGGAAGAGAUCGUGCAGUCGCCUAACCAGCUUCUGCGGGUGAUCGCGCGCGGUGAUAUGCAGCGAAGAACCAGCUCGACGCAGUUCAAUGCGCGCUCGUCUCGAUCUCAUGCGGUGGUGCAGAUUGUGGUGGAAUCGCGGGAACGAGCGCCCAGUCAUGGUGCGUACUUUGAUAAAGAGCAACGGCGAUCAGAUAGGAUCUUACCUGGAGGUGUAUGCGUCUCGACGCUGUCCUUGAUCGAUCUUGCUGGGUCGGAGAAAGCUGCGGAGAACAAGGAGAGGAGGGCUGAAGGAGCGCAUAUCAACAAGUCUCUGCUUACGCUUGGGACUGUCAUUGCGCGGUUGUCCGGUGAAGACGAGAAGGAAGAUGGUGGCAAAGCAUCAGAGAAGGACAAAGAGAAAGGUCUCAAGCACUUGCCAUACCGAGACAGCAAGCUCACUCGACUAUUGCAGCCUGCGCUGUCUGGUAACUCACUGGUCUCGAUCCUCUGCACCAUCCAGCUCUCAUCAGCAGGCACGAGUGCUGCGGCGACAGGUCUUCACACCGGCGAGACGCUGAAUACGCUCAAAUUCGCCAGCCGAGCGAAGAACAACAUCGUCAGCCACGCGAAGAAGAACGAGUCCAACCCCAACGCCGGCGACGCUGGCAGUCGAGCACUCCUAGACCGGUAUAGGAUCGAGAUUCAGGAGCUGCGGUCACAGCUCGACCAGCAGAAUAAAGCCAAGGAGGAGGCUGAAAAGCAAGAGGAGAUCGAGAAGGACCGGAAGAUGGAGGAGGAGCUGGAACGGGCCGAACAGAACCGGCAUGAGGAGCAGAUGCUGGAGAUGCAGCUUGCGCGGACGGCGCUGAAGGAGCGGAUCAGCCAUCUGAACCGGCUGAUCUUAUCCAGCAAGUCGCUUGGGGUGAACUCGGGUCGGCUGUCGAGUAUGAGCUUGAUCAGCGCUCCGCCGGUCAAUCGCAUGAGCAAUGUGAGCACUAACGAGUUCGGGCGGCCGGUGAGCCAGCAUAGCCGGGAUAGUGUGCACAGCACGCAGAGCCACCAGAUCAAUCGGGACAGCAGCGCUACUUUGGAGGUUCCGAUGCCGAACAGCAAAAUUGGGCGGACGGUCUCGGUCGGCUCGAUUACCUCUGCCAUCAUGCCAGCGGCCAAUGUGUCACGUUUGGCGGAAGAAGACGAGGAUACGCUGGACGAAGAGGACGAAUCACCCGGCGAGCUGGGCGGCGGGAUGGACGGCGAAGGUUCCGCGACCCUAGCCCAGCAGAACCGAAUGCUGCAAGCCGACCUGACGGACAAGACCCGCUACAUCGCGACCCUCGAGAAGCGACUCCUGCAAGCCCGCCGGACGAGCCACAGCCGCGUGAGCAUGCAACUCGCGAACCGCGCCUCGCAGAACGAGACCUCCGCCUUCGAACUCGUGCUGCGUGAAAAGGACAAGGAGAUCGAAGAGCUCAAAGCCCGUCUCGACGACCAAACGCGCAUGGUCAACGCUCUCCGCUCCGCAGCCCGGAAACGUGACAUGCUCGACCCUGCUACCACACCCGGCGCCGCCGACGACGAGGAAGAAGUGACCCAGCAGCAGCGUCCCGCGUCCGCCAACGCCCUCAUGACCACGCCCACGGCAGCCCGCCGCACGAGCUCCCGCCUCUCGAACCGCAGCCUCAAGAUCGCCGUCAACGGGCCCCCGAUCCACCAUAAACCCACCUUUUCCAACGGUGGCGGCCACAAGAGCAAUCCCUCCACCGCCUCCCGCUCCAGCUCCAGCGUGGUGAAUUUCUCCAAACUCCCCUUAUCGCCCAUGACACUGCUCAGUCCCACGGGAUCCGAUCGCUCCGACGACCAUCCCCACCCUCACUCCCACCAUACCCAUGGUAGUGGUAGCGGUACCGCGCGCCCAGCAGACGCUCAAGCGAAAGCGAAAGCGUUCCGCCGCAAAAGCGUCGACGAGAUGACGAUGCUGCUCGACCAGAUGAUCCAGGAUAAAGUGGAGAGCGGGCAGGUGUUGCGCGGGGAGCGGGGGAGUUUGCGGGUGAAGCGGGAUACGGUUAUGGAACAGAGGGGGCUGGGUGAGGGUGGUGAGGGGGUGGAGAAUAGUAUUCUUGAGGAGGAGGGGGAGGGUGUUGGGGGGUGA